UACCUACACCGCCUAUAGUUUAGGCAGGCAGUCACAACCAGAGUUUAUUGGCUAGCAAUGCAGAGUUGACUGUGCUUGGAAGCUGUUUGGUAUUUUUCAGAGCUCCACCAUGUCCGGGGCGCUAGCCAGGCUGCUCUUCUAUCCGACUUUAGCUUACAAUGUUGUCAUGGAGAAGAUGUCCUCCAGGAGGUGGUUCGACCGAGUGGACGAGACGGUCAUCCUGGGAGCGCUGCCAUUCAAGUCCAUGACCAAACAGCUGGUGGAAACUGAGAAUGUUCGGGGAGUCGUAACCAUGAAUGAAAUGUAUGAAACCAAAUACUUUUGCAACUCUUCUGAGGAGUGGCGUGCUGCAGGUGUGGAGCAGCUUAGGCUAAGCACUGUGGACCUGACUGGAGUCCCCACUCUGGAGAACCUUCACCGGGGAGUGGAGUUUGCUCUGCAGCAUAGACAGCGAGGAACAAGUGUAUAUGUCCACUGCAAGGCGGGCCGUUGUCGCAGUGCCACACUGGUAGCUGCUUACCUGAUACGGCUGCACUGCUGGACUCCAGAAGAGGCAUGUCAGCGGCUGUCGUCCAUCAGGCCGCAUAUCUUGGUACGCUCAGCUCAGCUGGAGAUGCUUAGGAAGUAUUACCAAAAAGUUUGUGAGCUUUCCACCUGAGAGACUGGGUCAGCAGUGGGUUACGCCUCAACAUUCAAGCUGAAAACUGGACUGGAUAAAAAUGUUGACUUGUUUGGUUUUAUUUUGUUAUGUUUUUUUGUGUGUUUUUAAUGGAAGUAGCUUUUUUAAUUGGCUUGAACAAUGAUGUUUGUGACUUCUUCUAUGAUUCACUACUUGGUGUAAAUAAAUGUUUAAACUAAAUCUUUAUAGAGUCCAAAAAGAAAAUAAACAAGUAACUUGCUGCAUCAGA